UAGUUUGACUGCCACGUGACGGGAACAGCUUAUAAAUAUAGGUGCGCCGUCCAUUCGCCUCUUUGACUAAAGGAAAGAGCGAAGAGUAACAUGGCGUCAACGAGUCGUGGAGAAUCUCUGGCCUUACCCAAAGUUCAGUGUCCCAACCAUCCUGAUGCGUUACUGGUGGAGGACUACAGAGCAGGCGACAUGAUUUGUCCUGAAUGUGGCCUUGUUGUUGGUGACCGUGUGAUCGACGUGGGCUCCGAGUGGAGGACGUUUUCUAAUGAGAAGGCUCUCAAAGAUCCAUCCAGAGUGGGAGACGCCCAGAACCCCCUGCUCAACGGAGGAGACCUGACCACCAUGAUCAGCAGGGGAACGGGCGCGGCCAGCUUCGACGAGUUUGGCAACUCAAAGUACCAGAACCGGCGGACCAUGAGCAGCUCUGACCGGGCCAUGCUGAACGCCUUCAAAGAGAUCAGCACCAUGGCGGAUCGCAUCAACCUGCCGAGAAACAUUGUAGACAGAACGAACAACCUGUUCAAGCAGGUUUAUGAGCAGAAGAGUCUGAAGGGGCGAGCCAACGACGCCAUCGCCUCAGCCUGCCUUUACAUCGCCUGCAGACAAGAGGGCGUACCAAGGACAUUUAAAGAGAUCUGCGCCGUCUCCAGGAUCUCAAAGAAGGAGAUCGGCAGGUGCUUCAAGCUGAUCCUGAAGGCUCUGGAGACCAGCGUGGACCUCAUCACCACCGGAGACUUCAUGUCCCGCUUCUGCUCCAACCUGGGCCUGCCAAAGCAGGUGCAAAUGGCUGCCACCUUCAUCGCCAGGAAAGCCGUGGAGCUGGACCUGGUGCCCGGCAGGAGCCCCAUCUCGGUGGCCGCUGCAGCCAUCUACAUGGCCUCCCAGGCCUCCGCUGAGAAGAAGACCCAGAAAGAAAUCGGCGAUAUCGCUGGCGUUGCCGACGUCACCAUCAGACAGUCCUACCGACUCAUCUAUCCACGUGCAGCAGAACUUUUCCCUCCAGACUUUAAGUUUGACACGCCUGUUGAUAAACUGCCUCAACUGUGAACUAGACUCUGCCUACUCAUUGCUGAAGUUUCUCUGCUGUACAUUUUUCUGUUGGUUUAGAGUUUGAAUAUUCUUUGGUCGUGCUCCAAACAAGCAGCCUUCAUGGAGGCACUGUGACAGGAAUACAGCAGACACACAUUCCAGAGCUUGAAUAAACAGCUUGCAGACUGUAC